CGGGACACGUCAACAUAGUCGCUGCGCAGACGGAUCUCGGCCAGCGUCAGCGCUUGUUCUGCAGUGUUAGACAAUUUCUUUAUAAACUAUGGAGACAUUAUACAGCAUACCGUUUACUGUGCUGGAAUGCCCAAAUGUAAAACUGAAGAAACCAUCAUGGCUGCAUAUGCCGUCGGCUAUGACUGUGUAUGCGGUCGUUAUCGUGUCCUACUUUCUCAUCACAGGAGGCAUCAUCUACGAUGUUAUCGUAGAACCACCAAGUGUGGGUUCAAUGACUGAUGAGCAUGGACACCAGCGACCAGUGGCCUUUUUGGCAUACAGAGUAAAUGGUCAGUACAUUAUGGAAGGACUGGCUUCCAGUUUCCUGUUCACUAUGGGAGGCCUGGGCUUUAUAAUCUUGGACCGCUCCAAUGCCCCAAACAUUCCCAAACUCAACCGCUUCCUGUUGCUCUUCAUCGGUUUUGUCAGCGUUCUCCUCAGCUUCUUCAUGGCCAGAGUGUUCAUGCGCAUGAAGCUGCCAGGAUACCUCAUGGGCUAAGGCAAGACUCUCCAAAAAUGUGGAUCGACAGAGGACAUCAAACACAUUUGAGGCCCAACUAAAAUGGAUAAAUGCAAUCUUUUGAUAUAACCAACAACCAUUAACCCUUGUGUGGUGUUCAUGUUUUUGCUACUCAGUAAUGAGCAGAAAGUGAUAAGAAUUUAUAAACCAUGCAUCUGCCACUGGUCAAGAUUAUGUGUAAUAAUAUAAUACAGCAUAAACCAAUAUUAUGCUGCAAUAGAGCAUAAUAUUGGUUUGUGCUGUUUCCAUGAGGAUUUGAGUAAUCCAGAAAUUGGAUAAUAAUGGUUUAUUGUCUAUGUGAACGUGCUGACUCUCAGCCUUGGAAUUGACAGAAAUGUUAUCUUCAAAUUUGGAAAAAAUCUUCCUUUUCAUUAUCUUCCCAAAUUUCUCUUUCUGAGCAGAGAACCAUGGUGUACAGUGUAAAGUCAUUGAAAAUGUCUUAUUUCAUAUGUUCUUCACAGAAAAUGAGCCAACGCCAAGGAGUCAGAGGUUAAAAUAAUCCCACAAUUUUUCUUUUGGUUGAAUAUUGAAAACGGGUCCCACAUACCUGAGCACCACACAAGGGUUAAGGAUUGAAAGCACUGACCUUGCUCAAGAAAUUAGACUGACUGCACUGACAGUCUCGCACUGGCUCUGUCUCAUCACUGUUCAGUGAUUUCCUUUUUUCUCCAUGUUUCCAUGAUGCUUCCUGAUGCAGCUGAGGUUUACAAACAGCUUGAUAUCACUUUUUACGAAAAGAUGCUAGAAGUGCCAUGCAGCAGGUAACAUUUCUCUAAGCCACUGGAGAAGGAAAAGGAAAGGAAGUUGCUGAACACGGUUGACACUGUAGCUGAUGAUUUUGAAUCAGAUUUAGCACUGUUUGAAUCAUUAAGAGGGGAGAAUAAUGUUUAAGUUGUCCGUUUUUGUAAAGAAUUCGUUGAAAAAGCCUUGAACUUACCACAGUUGCAUUUUUGUACAAGGAUGUGAAAUAAAUCAUCUUUUCAGA